GCCGGCCAACACAGAGAGUUCCUCCUUACCUUAAACAGAAGCAGCACGAGGGAACAGUAAUUUUGGCCUCCGCGUCUAACCCGCAUCCCUCUCCAUGGGGAAUCGUAAGAGCCAUCUCGGCUGCCCGCAAAGUGAGCCGACCAGAUUCCAGGGAAGCCACAGCACGUUAGAUGCAUGGCGGACCACGGAGCCGACAGAAGCACGAUCACUACUCAUCGAACGAGCGACUGUUAAGCGCCGCUGGCACACCUGAAUCCAGCGUCCAACGCACAUGACUGCAUUGUCGGAUAACGAAUCAGACUCUUGGUGCGUCAAUACCGAAUUCUCGCUUCCCCAUCCCACGUGAAUUUCUCGUUCAGGGAUAGGACUUGGCCGUCCUGGUCAGAUCAGUCUAGGCCGUAAGAGUGUAGCACUUGAUUCAGCUCUCGGAAGGUUGACCGUCGAUCCGUGGCCCUGGACAAACAGACUUACCAGCCCUUUCAGAUCUUUGUGGGUUGUAUCGGAUCUGCAGACCGUGUUCCAUUGUGUAGCAGUUGGUAGGCACACGGACGGACUCAAUUUGCGACGCAGACGAACACCACCAUCCCCAGCAUCUCGAAUUUUAAUAUAUAUUCCCUUGGUCCAUCUUGGAUCCCAGAGUCUUAUUUCCUGCUCAGACCCAUCUCAAUCAUCAAUCAACAAACCACCCAGAAAGAUAAUUCACAGCGUCGGCGCUGAAACAUCAACAUGGGAUCUGAAUCCAUCCACAGCGAUAGGCAUGAUGAGAAGAACCCGAAGCACGAGGUCGCCAUCGUCAAGACGGCCAUUGGUGAUGAGGCUUUCCAACAGGCCUUGAUCAAGGAGCCCCCGCCCAAGAUCGCCGCUCCCAUCCUCAUCUUCGCCAGCAUGGUCGCCUUCUGCUGUUCUACGGCCAACGGUUACGACGGUUCGCUUUUCGGAACUCUUCUCUCCAACGAGGACUUUAAGAAGUUCUUCGAUGUCGAUAACAAGGGUAUCGGAGCUGGUAUCGUCACUUCCAUGUACCAGAUUGGUUCCGUCGUCGCUAUUCCUGCCGUUGGUCCUGCUAUUGAUACUUGGGGACGUCGUGUCGGCAUGACCAUUGGCUCUUUCAUCAUCAUCAUCGGUGUCAUUAUCCAGAUCGCCUGUAUCAAGACCGCCAGUGUCGAUCAGUUCAUGGCUGGCCGUUUCUUCCUCGGUUUCGGUGUCUCAAUCGCCGCCGCUGCUGGCCCAACUUACGUCGUCGAGGUCUCUCACCCUGCUCACCGUGGUAUCAUCACUGGUCUCUACAACGUCAUGUGGCCUGUUGGUGCUCUUGUUGCUAGCAGUGCUGCUCUCGGAGGUUGGACGUACGAGGGAACCAACACCUCUUGGAUGAUCUCUGUCUGUCUCCAGCUCAUGUUCCCUUGCACCAUCUUCUUUUGCGCCAUGCUGCUUCCUGAGUCGCCUCGAUGGUUGUACACUCGCGGAAAGAAGGAGCUUGCCACAGAGAACCUCGUCAAGCUCCACGGCCGUGGAAACCCUGAUAGUGAAUGGGUCAAGCUCCAGCUUCAUGAGUACGAGGAACAUCUUGAGAUGGACGGUAGCGACAAGCGAUGGUGGGACUACCGUGCUCUUUUCCGCAACAAGGCCUCCAUCUACCGUCUCACCUGCAACUGUCUCGUCUCUCUCUUCGGCCAGUGGGCUGGCAACAGUAUCGUCUCCUAUUAUCUCAGUGCUUUCCUCGACACCGCCGGUAUCAAGGAGGGAAGGACUCAGACCAAGGUCGCCUUGGGCAUGAACGCUGUCCAGAUUGUCUUCGCCGCUAUCGGCGCUGGUCUUACUGACACUGUCGGUCGCCGCCCCAUGCUUCUCGUUGUCAACCUUGUUUGUGCUCUUUGCUGGGUCGGUGUCACUGUCCCUGCCUCUAUCGCCAACAUCACCGAUCUCGACGACAAGGCCCAAACCGACGCUGUCACUCCCCCUGUCAGCAAGGCUAUUCUGGCCUGGGUUUACCUCUUCCAGAUCUUCUACUCUGUUGGCUGGACUCCUCUCCAGGCCCUCUACCCCGUUGAGGUCCUCAGCUACGAGAUCCGAGCCAAGGGUAUGGCCUUCAGCUCUCUCUUCACCAACGCUGCUAUGCUUGUCAUGCAGUUCGGUAUUCCCGUUGCUCUGAAGAACAUCGCGUGGAAGACUUACAUUGUUUUCUGCAUCUGGUGUGUUUGCCAGUCCGUCAUCCUCUACUUCCUCGUCCCUGAGACCAAGAACCGCACUCUUGAGGAGCUUGACCACAUCUUCUCGUCUGACAACCCCGUCAAGACAUCCACACAGAAGAAGCUCUUCGAGGCUGAUGCCCAUGCCAACAUUGUCCACAUUGAGCCUGCCGUUGCCGACCCUAGCAAGGCUUAAAUGCUAGACUCUUCUUCUUUUUGGCAACCAAUGUUGUCAUAAUUUGCAAAUCAUCGCAGUCCUUCUAUAGCAAUUGAGGUUCAGAUUGGAUGGAGUAGGAUAUGAGUAGGCUGUCAACAAGUUGUAUGCUCCGAUUAAUUAGCUUUAAUAAAUUCGAUGGGAGCAAUGCUUAUAGUUUCAGGCCUACCUGUGACACCUUCUUUCCUGCAUUAUGAUCAAUAGAGCUUAAGCGGUGAUACUGGUAACGGGCCAUUGAGAAGACCCUUCUGGCAUAGCUAGUAAUAUCCUUCCCUUUGUUUGAAGCGUCAGAGCGUAUGAGCUGCCACCAAAAGAAGC